AUGUUCGCUACUUAAUUAAAUCUUUACAAGAGAAGGAAUGCUCUAAAUGCAAUUCUAUUAAUUACAAUGAUUGUAAAUGUAACAAAUAGAAAAAUAGUUUAUUCUAAAUUGUCAGGAUAUUUUCCAUUAUCAAACAAUGGUAAAGAUUCUUAGUAAUUUUAAGAUUGGUCCCUGGAUAGUACUUUAACAUGCUUAUAUACUGUCACUACAUGUGGGACCUAAAAUAUCGUCUUUAUUGAUAAUUAUUCAAACCUUGAUAAUUCCCUUCUGGGUAAUAUAUUCAACCUUGAUCCUCACUAUUAAGUCAUCAUUUCUUUCAAAUUUUGGAGAAUUGAUACAUGGAACGAUAAGCUCUUUGAAGUAUUUGCUGAUUAACAAAUUAAAUAUUCUAGAUCAUUCUCUGACUCUGAUACUUUAACAAGCAUUUGUCAAGAUGCAACUAAGAGCGAUGAAUAUAUAGAUAUCUCGAUUACAAUUCCUCAUUAUAAUCCAACUUUAUGGAUUAUUUUAAAAGGUUAAGGAUUUCGUUGGGGAAUUUCAGAUUUUAAUUUACUUAUUGAUGAAUGUGCUCCAGGAUGUGUUUCAUGUGAUUGGUCUGAAUGCUACGAUUUUAAGUUAGCUGCUAUAAUUUCUUCUUGGCUAACAUCGGAUACCAAUAUUGUCAAAAAGGAAUGUUUGAAAUAUGCUUUUGAAUGGACAUAUGUGACAUUUAUGGAAACAACACUUAAUUUAGAUACUCAUAUAAAGAUUACUUCUUAUAUAAGGUUCAUAUUAGGAAAUGUUAUUAAUCCAACUCUUACCAUAAAAAUUGAUGAUUAAUUAGUAACUGCAUCAUAGCAAGUGUAACAAAAGAUAAUUUGGUCAAAACCUCUUUGUAGUCAUAUUUAGAUUCUAGAGUUAGUAAUAUCUAAUUAUGUACAUACAAAUCCAACUAUCAAAAUACGCGCUGAUAUUAUAAAGCCAAAAUAUGAUGCAUUAGAAGAAUAACCUUAUUUUGGUGUGCCAGAAUAUUCAGUAUUUAUUAUUGUUACAGAAAAAAUAAAAUAAAUUUAAUCAGAAGUAUUAGGAUUACCUUUUGAAGGUUGUUAAUUAGAUAUCCCUAACUUUGUUGAAGGUUGUGCUUUCUGUGUUAGAAGCAUAUGCUUACAUUGUCAAGAAGGAUGGCAUUUUACAGAAUUAGAUCAAAAAUGCUAACCAACAUGCGGAGAUUCUAAACUUGUUCAGAAUGAAGAAUGUGAUGAUGGCAAUCUUAUUCCUUAUGAUGGUUGUUAUUAAUGCUAAUAUUCUUGUCCAUCGUUUUGUAAGAAUUGCAUUAAGGGCAAAUGUAUCGAAUGCAAACAAUCCUACUAAUUAAUUAAUGGGUACUGUUUGUUUAUAUGUCAUUAAACAGAUAGAUAUUCUGUUUAAUAAACUGGAUGUUUCAAUUAAAUUGAUAAUUUUUUAGUAAAUGGAUAUUACUAACAUACUUUAUUUCAUCAAGAUAAUUUAAAAUUUUUUGUUUAUUAAUUUUUAGAUUGUAACCCUUCACAUUAUGGGAUUUUUGGAUAUAAUUACAACUAAUGUAGAGUAAACAAUAUAUUAUUGUGCAAAAACUAAUUUUGGGACAUUUGUUAUGAAUGUAAAGAAGGGUUUUAAUUAAGUAAAAAUAUGAAAUAGUGUGUCCCAGUAUGUAAUGAUGGUUAUAAAGUAGAUUUUGAACUCUGUGAUGAUGGCAAUCUAAUUUAAUUUGAUGGUUGUUAUAAGUGCUAAUAAAGUUGCCAAUUAGAAUGUUCAUUUUGCGUUAAUUAAUUAUGUAUGAGAUGUAUAGAAGGAUGGGAUCUAAUUGAAAAUUACUGUUUACCAAAUUGUGGAGAUGGAAUAACAGUUCAAAUUGAGUAAUGUGAUGAUGGCAAUUAAGAAGCUGAUGAUGGCUGUUAUGAAUGUCAGGCACAAUGUUCUAAUUGCAAGAUAUGCAAUUAUAAUAAUAAUUGUUAAGUUUGUGACGAACACUUCGAUUCAGUUGAUAUGAUAUGUUUACCUAUUUGCGGGGAUAAUUAUAUUGAACCAGGUUUAGAGGAAUGCGACGAUGGCAAUCAAAGUUAAUAUGAUGGCUGUUAUAAUUGUUAAUUAGAAUGUGAUGCUAGGUGUAGGAGAUGCUAAUAUGGUCUGUGUUAAGAUAUUUGCAAAUUAGAUGAAUUGGAAAUUGAUGGAAAAUGUAUUAAAGCGAUUCCUGAAGAAAAGGAUAUUAUUAAUCUUGAUGAGUGUCCGAAAGGAUGCUAAUAAUGUUUAUAUGGUGAGUGCAUGUAUUGCUUGUCGAAUUAUCUACUAUAUAAGGGGGUAUGUUUAUAGAUUGAAUGCGGAAAUGGAAUACUUGAACAUCUUGAAGAGUGUGAUGAUGGAAAUUUUAUAAAUAAUGACGGCUGUUCCAAUGAAUGUUAAAUUGAGAAUAGUUGGAAUUGCUUUAGUAAGAACACAUAAGUUAAUUAGUGUUUCUCCAUCGCAUAAGCUUCUCUUGAUUAUUUCAAUUAGACAAAGUAUUACCAGUAUACAGACAUCGAUUAAUUUCCUACAAAGGAUUCAUUUAAAAUUUUAGGAUUAUAACCAGAUGAUUAUAAUAUCAAAUGCAAUCCAAAAGUUCUUAUUUCAUAAAAUGAAUUUAGAAAUAUUUAAUAUGAAUUCUAAAUUUAUUUCAAUUACUAAAUCGACAGCAAACCUGUAUUUAAUAUUUAGUUAAAUGAAACUAUUUUAGAUGAAAAUAAUAUGAUUGUACCUCCAACUAAUAUAUCAAUUGAAUUGAAAGUUCCUAAAAUUUUAACUAGGUCUCAAUUAACAGCCUCUAGGACAUUAAAGACUUUUAUGCUGUAGUGGCCUUAUAAAGUUGCUUUUAGGGAGGUUUUCAGAUAUAAUUUCAUUAUUAGACAUGCUAUAAUAAUAAUAGUUUUUAAAAUACUUAAAUUUUUAAUAUCCUUAAAAUGUUUAUGUCUAUUUUGA